GCCUUCAUCUCGUUCCACAGUUACGGCCAACAUCUGUUGCUUCCCUACGGCCACACUAAGGAACACCUCGACAAUUACGAUGAACUAUUUGCAGUUGGCAAAAAGAGCAUCGACACAUUGGCCAAGCGGUACGGCACCAAGUACGACAUUGGCAACAUACCUGAAGUAUUAUACGUUGACAGCGGGAGCUCCAUGGACUGGGUGAAAGGAGUCCACAAACUGCCCAUAACAUACACUUACGAGUUGCGAGACGAGGGAGUCUACGGAUUCCUAGUCCCAGCGAACUUUAUCAUUCCCACUGGCAAAGAAGUUCUCGACUCGUUCAUAACAAUGUUCGAAGAAGCUUCAAAACUGGGCUACCCAAAGAAAUUCGAGUAAUCACAUAUAUGUCUAAUAACAGCGUAAUAUCAACAUGUAAACAAACUCAGAGGUUAUAAAAACUAUCGUAUGCUAAUUGAUGCAAUAAAUGAAUGAAACAUCCAUGGCCAGUAUAGAGUCGACUUGAUUUGCAUACACUUCGCAUGUGCGAGCCUAUAUUACAAUAGGCUGUGUCGACGAUCACCCGUAUAUACGUUAUACCUAUAUAUACGGUAUCCAGAUAUACUGAUGAUACACGCAUAAACGGUGCCAAUUACGGAGCCAAAACGGCCUAUUGUGGACGCAGCCUAAUGAUAGUAGAGGUCCACCACUGCGCAGACUCUCUGCAGCAGGCCAGAAAUCAGAAUAGAAGCCGCCGCCGCGGCGGGAGAGACCCCUGCGAUGCAGAGCGAAACGCGCAGAAGUACAGCCGUCCGCUGCAGCAGAGCCGUAUGUAAUCGCUGCAUUAGAGCCGUAACAACGGCAGCAUUGCGUGGGAGUCGAAUAGCCGCGAGUACUUAUCGCCUCAUUUAUGAAUCGUACUUGAAGGAGAGCAGCCCACGCGUCGUCGUCGUCGUCGUCUGCAGUAACGACGAUUGAGCUCUCUGCGAGCCGGGAAAUUGUAUGCUGGCGCAGCCCAAGAUGGCCUACAAUUUUCCGGGAAUGCCUGCAGCCGCUAUGCCUGCGAUAGGAAUGGGUCCGAUGGGGCCUUUGACUCCCAUCCCCGGGACACAGAAUUUCAUGGAGCUGGCUACCCAGGGCUUUCCUCCACUGCCACCGCCAAUACAGAUUCCUGGCAUGAAUGAUUCUCCACUGGAGUUCAGUACAAACAAGAAUCAGCCGUCUAUCAUUCAAGACAGUCCAGAGGACAACGAGAGGAGAAAUGAUAAGAAUGAAAGUAGGAGAGAUAGAGAUAACAGAGACAACCGUGACAGUGGCAGAAGGUCAAGAAGAGAAAGGGAUAGGAGAGAUCGGGACAGAGAUAGAAGGGAUGAAAGAAAUGACAGGGACCGCAGGGAUGACAGAAGAUCAGAUGACCGUGAAAAUGUGAUUUCUGCAACACCCAGUAAUAAUCAUAAUAGUGGUAGUAAUAAUCAAGUGACAUCAACGUCAACAUCAACAGCUAAUAGUAAUCCUGGACUUGGACCACCAAUGGAGCCAUCGCCGGGCGUUUGGGGCAUGGGCAUUGGCUAUCCGAUGAUGGGAAUGGGACCAAUGGGAACAGUUGGACCUCUUAUGGGUGAGAUGCCUCUUGGGCCCCAUAUGGGCCAUGCCCAUGGUUAUGGACCCAUGAGCAUGAGUAUGAUUUCGCAUGAAAGUGCAAUGAUGGGGGCUCCAAUUUUGGGCCCAGAACAGAUGAUGAGUGAAGCUACUAGUCAAAUAAUCAGUGGAGCACUGCCUCCUGCAAACCAGGGCACCAAAGAAAUAAUCCACUGCAAAAGCUGUACUUUGUUUCCUCCAAAUCCUAAUGCUCCACCUCCUACAACUAGAGAAAGGCCUCCAGGAUGUAGGACUAUUUUUGUCGGAGGAUUGCCUGAAAACAUCACAGAGGCCAUUAUACAGGAGAUAUUUGAACGGUGUGGAGAAAUCACUACUUUAAGACUGUCAAAGAAAAACUUUUGUCAUAUUCGAUUUGUAUUAGAAGGCAGUGUUGAUGCAGCAAUUUACCUAUCUGGGUAUAGAGUAAGGAUUGGUUCAAACGGCGAUGCCUCGAAUACCGGUAGAUUGCACGUGGAUUUUGCACAGGCGAGAGACGACCAGUAUGAAUGGGAAUGUAGACAACGACAACUCCAAAGAGAGCAAAGGCAUAGAGAACGCGUUGAAAAAGAAAGACAAAGACCGCCAUCGAGUCCACCACCCGUAGUUCAUUAUACUGACCACGAAGCGUCAAACAUCUGUGAAAAAAUCAAACAAGACGACACUUUUAUGAAAGCAGUACAAAUUGUCGUCACGUGGCUAGAGCGCGGAGACUGUACAAAACGAAACGCCAACACGUUCUACUCCAUGAUCCAGUCAACCAAUUCUCAUGUGCGGCGUUUGUUGACCGAGAAGGUGUCUUACGAAGAAGAGCUGCAAAAGGCGAAAGAGCUGUUAAAAGGCAGAAUGCAGGGAUUACUUAUUCAGUUCAGUCAGAUCGAACGGGUAUUUACUGCGGCCAGCCACAAGAAGGUUUGGGAUCACUUCACCAAGGCCCAGAGAAAGAACAUUGAAAUGUGGAAGAAACAAUCUUCGGAAAUCAAGGCCGUUCAGUUGGAGGAGACCCUGAUGGAAGGCGAGGGUGAGAUGGAGGUGUCCGACUCGGAAGACGAACCGCAGCGUAAAAAGCCUCGCAACCUGUCGGCGUGUAACGAAGACUCGGAAAAAUUGCAGUCUUUGAAAGAGGAGAACGACAGUCUGCGGUGUCAACUAGAGGCUUACAAGAACGAGGUGGAUCUUUUAAAGUCCGAGACCAAAGUGGAGAUGGAUGCCAAGGAGAAACAAAUGAAGAUGUUGCAACAAACGCUCAAGGGAAUGCAGGAGCAGCUUAUGCAGUCGAGAAAACAGCAAGCCCAAGAUGAUCAGAAGAUCAAAGAUUUGACCGUUAAGUUGAAUGCCACGAAAAAGGAGGAGCCGACAGAAGACGAAAUUAUUACGUUAGAUAAGGAUGACGAUGUGAACGACGACCAACCUCCUGUCAAGCCUAUCGUCACCUCGUCCGGUACUGUUCAAAUCACGCAGAAGGAUGCUAAACUUAUAGGUUUGAUUGCUACCUUCUUACACAUCCACCCGUUCGGCGCAAGUCUCGACUACGUUUACUAUUACCUGCAAAAAAUGGAACCUGGUCUUAGACUCAAUGAAGUGGAAACUCUGAUGCAACGAUUUCCCCAAGUAUUCAAGCAAGAAUUGUCCGGUAUUGGCGCAAACAUGGAAAGGCGUUGGCAGUUUUCUGGUUUUAAUCUUUAUCGAAGUCAUUAAGAUAAUUUUAUUCUAUUUGUUGAUUGUUAUUUUGUACAAAGCAUUGUGAUCAAUUUGGCUUUGUAUCUGCGUAUUAAAUUAAUGCCUUAGAACCUCUCUGUCUGGGAUUUUAGUCCAUGUCAAAUUAUUAUUUUUGUGUUUUAUUUUGUUUAAGAUUAUAAAUGAUGUUUUUAUUAUAAAAAAAAAUUAUU